AUGCCUCGUAGACUGGACGUCAGCACCAGCUGUUGCUUCCCGCUGCACCUGAACGAGGACAAUGCUCGCUUUGGCUUGCUGGCUGCAUUCAUUCUGCUCUACCUGUUAUGUGGGGCACUGGUGUUCUCUGCCCUGGAGCACCCCUCCGAGCUGCGGGCACACCACUGCUGGGAAGAGCGGCUGGCCAACUUCACCCGGCAGCAUGGGUUGAGUGUGGAAAGCCUGGAGGGUCUACUGAGGCACUACGAGGAGGCCUUUGUCACUGGCAUUCGGGUGGAUGCGCUAAGGCCCCGCUGGGACUUCUCUGGUGCUUUCUACUUUGUUGGAACAGUUGUUUCCACAAUAGGUUUUGGCAUGACCACACCUGCCACAAUUGGUGGCAAAAUGUUUUUGAUUUUCUAUGGCCUCAUUGGCUGUGCUGCAACCAUCCUCUUCUUCAACCUCUUCCUGGAGCGCAUCAUCACCAUGCUGGCAUACAUUAUGCGCUGGUGCCACGAGCGACAGCUGCGGCGUGUGGGCGGGGCUGGUGAAGAGGCACACAGUGAGGACGACAGCUUGGAGGGGUGGAAGCCGUCCGUCUAUUAUGUGAUGCUGAUUCUGGGUGUGGCUGCACUGCUGAUCGCCUGCUGCGCCUCGGCCCUUUACUCGUACAUGGAGGACUGGGAUUACUUCGACUCGCUCUACUUCUGUUUUGUGGCCUUCAGCACCAUUGGCUUUGGGGACCUGGUGAGCAGCCAGCGUGCACGUUAUGAGGCCAUGGAGGUCUACCGCUUGGGCAACUGCCUCUUCAUCCUCAUGGGUGUCUGCUGCAUCUAUUCGCUCUUCAAUGUUAUCUCCAUCAUCAUCAAGCAGACGCUGAACUGGAUCCUGGCCAGGCUGGACUGUGGCCAGGUGCAGUGUCCCUGCCGUGGCCGCAUCUAUAGGAGACAGGGCCCCACCUGCUGCUGCCCCUGCCUGCCUGGCCAGAGGCCUGGCAUGUUUCCCCCAGCUGGAUGGCCACGCCAGAGGGCACCGAAGCGCAACACGGUGCACCCAGCCCCAGCUGCCGAGGCAGCAAGGAAGCAGCGUUUUAAGAAUGCUUCAGUGGAAACAGUGUGUGAUAGUGAGACUGAGGCUGGCCCGGGGCCAGAUGGAGGUUAUCUGACAGGGCGCAGACUGUCUGGAGAAAUGAUCUCUGUCAAUGACUUUAUGGCCAACAAGGUGUCUCUGGCAAUUCUGCAGAAACAGCUCUCUGAGACUGCUCAUGGAAACCCAAGACAGAGCCAUGUUCGCCAGAAUGGCUUCUCUGGGGGAGUGGGAGCCUUUGCGAUCAUGAAUAACCGCCUACAAGAGACCAGUGUUGACAGGUAG